AUGUACAGAAUGUUCUUAGAGAAAAAUCCUACUUCAAAAAUAUCUUAUCAAACAUAUAGAGAAGUGUUUAAGAAAAAGUUCGACAUUGGAUUUGGCUAUCCUCGGACCGAUACAUGUAGUGAAUGUGAUCAGUUUACUGUACUAAUGAAAGCAACCAAGCGAAUUAAUGAUAACCUUGAAGAAAUAAAAAAAUUAAAAAAAGAGAAAGAGCUGCACUCAAGAAGAUCUCAAACAUUUUAUUAUAGGAAAAGGAAUGCCCGAAAAAAAUCUCAAAAGGAAAAAAGAUUCGAAUGCGUUGCUAUGGAUUAUCAAAAAAAAUAUAUUUCUCUUCCAAAUAUUACAACUAACGAUAAGAGAAAAUGA